GUCUCUGAUCUGUUCACAAAAGCACUAAGCAUGAUCCAGGCGAUGCAACGUUUUGACAUGCGAACAGAUUGCCUACGUCUCAGGUGUUUGUAGAAACGUCUGUCUGUCUACUGCGCGGCAAAACAAAAGCAUGUGGAUGUAAUUUCAACAAAGGUAUGAGGUGAGAAUGAACCCGAGCGGCACUUUAUUGCCUAGAAAGUAAGGAGAGAACAACUGGUUCUCUGCAAAACGCCCUUUCAGCUGGAAAACACCAGAAACGGAUAAUAGUCUAAGCUAACUAGCUGCAGCAUCAUCACGCAGAUGUCCGCCCAUACGCACAUGGGUUGCAGUUGCGUUGUUAUCCAUGCUCAAAUUUCACGCACUGGCUACAUUUUGAUUUAAUCAGACUGGGAUUGAACUCAACCACUAACCAUGGGGAUUCGGUCGGCUCAGAAGAAACAUUUCCCUCUUCGGGGCAUCGAUGGAGUGGUGCAGCUCUUCGAGUCUGAGUUUAGCAACCCAGAACCGGACCUGGCUCUGCUGUCCCUUGUGCUGGGUUUUGUAGAGCACUUCCUGGCUGUCAACAGAGUUGUUCCUGUCAAUGUCCCGGGCGUUCGCUUUGAACCUCUUAAACCUGACUGCCUCGACUCUUGCUUCCCUACAGUAGAGCUGAAUCUCAUAUCUGCUAUCUACGAACGCUUCACCGCCCAGAUUCUUGGUGCCGUGGACCUGUCACAAUACCGCAAACCGGCCGGUGGUUCCAGCCGUGAGCUGGUGAAAAAGGUCUCAGAUGUGAUCUGGAACAGUCUUAGCCGGUCGUAUUUCAAGGACAGGGCACAUAUUCAGUCCCUCUUCAGUCUUAUCACAGGCACAAAGCUGGACAGCUCGGGAGUAGCUUUUGCAGUGGUAUCUGCGUGUCAGGUGUUGGGCCUGAAGGAUGUUCAUCUGGCUCUCUCGGAGGACCACGCCUGGGUGAUAUUUGGCAAGGGCGGGGAAGAGACUGCAGAGGUCACAUGGCAUGGGAAGGGCAACGAAGACAGAAGAGGUCAGACUAUCAGUGCUGGAAUCACUGAAAGGAGCUGGUUAUAUCUUAAAGGCUCCUACAUGAAGUGCAACAGGAAUAUGGAGGUAGCAUUCAUGGUUUGCGCCAUCAAUCCAUCUCUAGAUCUGCACACAGACAGUAAAGAGUUACUCCAGCUCCAGCAAAAGCUGUUAUGGCUGCUAUAUGAUCGAGGGGAUCUGGAGAGGUAUCCUAUGGCAAUGGGCACUUUGGCCGACCUUGAAGAUCAGGAACCAGUGACUGGCAAGGAAAGCCCUCUCUCCAUUCACUUAGAGGCUGUUGACUCGGCUAAAAAACACUACAACAACGAGCACAUAUACCCGUUCAUGUAUCUAGCAGGGUAUCAUUAUAGGCACAGAAAUGUCCGAGAGGCUUUGGGUGCCUGGGCAGAGGCUGCUUCAGUAAUGCAAGAUUACAACUACUACAGGGAGGAUGAGGAGAUAUAUAAGGAGUUUUUUGACAUCGCUAAUGAUGUCAUUCCCACCCUCCUUAAAGAGACAGCAGCUGCUGCUGAAAGUGGUGGCGAAGGGGCUGAUGAAAUGGAAAAGGAGGACCAGCCCAGACAGGUAGCUGCUUUAUCUGCCCUUCAGGACCCAGAGUGCUUUGCUCACUUGCUUCGGUUCUAUGAUGGUAUUUGUAAAUGGGAAGAAGGAAGUCCAACGCCAGUGCUUCAUGUAGGCUGGGCCACCUACCUGGUUCAGUCCCUUAGUCGCUCUGAUGCACAGAUCAGACAAAAAGUGUCAAUCAUCACCAAAGAUGCAGAACCAGUGGAUGACGAUGACCAAUCCAGUGAAGACCAGCGUGAGGGGCGUAGACGGGGCACGAGGCGAGAAUCCAAGUUAGAUGAACAAGCAGGACCGUCAUCUCCAAGUGCACCGUUGCCCCCUCAAAAUCCAGUGCCUAAAAAGGUGGGACGCAGACGUUCUUCUGCUAGCUCUCGAGGUAAAGAGGCUGAUGGCAAAAAUGAGCCCUCAUCCCCAAGUCCCACACCUUCUCCUACCCAGCCACCCGUAGUGCAGGGAGGGCCGGUGGUGGUUUUCCACAGUGAGAAGAUGAAGGGUAUGAAAGAGCUCCUCUCUGCGGCCAAGGUCAACUCUAGUGCCAUUAAACUGCAGCUCACAGCCCAGUCCCAAGUGCAGAUGAAGAGACAGAAACCCACACCCUCUGGAGAUUACACCUUGUCCUUCAUGAAACGCCCGCGCAAAACUCUUUAAAAUGACCCAUUUAUAAUUUUUUUUUUUCCCCAAACUUUUAUAUUUUCACCUGGAGUGAAGUUCAUUCGUUUUACCUGCAAAUUGAGUGUUAUCAAAUGUUUUGAUAAGCUAAUGUUGAAUUUAAAUAUAUCCCAUUUCAAGUUGAAGAAAACUUUCUUACACCAGCAAAUUUGCUUUAUUAUUUUAUAGCAUAAAGUAAUUUUAUUGAUUUGCCUUAAUUUUGUAUUAUUACAACAAGUUCUAUUAGAUCCAAAUUACGACAAGCCAAAGUGAUUCUCAUUUGUUUUAUCAGGAUUUUAGAAAAGAUGCAAUUCUUUUUUCAGCUAACAUUUUGUCUGCAAUACAAUGAUGUUGAAAAAAUGUUUUUAUUUUCAGCCUAUGUAUGUAGGUCUUGCACUCGUUUUGUUAUUGUCCACAUAACUGCUGGAUUUCAUAUGUGGUCUCAAGUGUCAUAGCAAAGUAUUCUUUUGAAAAAUGCAAAGUGCAGUGCUUCAGUUAAAAAGCUAUUUUCUUGAUGUGAAAGUGUAUU